UACGACUAUUAUGAUUGUUGUAGUAGUAGUAGUAGUAAGAAGCAGCAGUAGAAAAUGUGAUAUAAUUUGUAUGGAUCACAGUUGAGCACGGGCCCUUUAAGAACAUAUCCCAGCAUGCAUUGCAAACACAAAAACAAACAUAACCUAUGUAAAGCAAGGAAGGAUGCGUUUUGAAUGAAGUUCAGUCGUUCAAACUCGUUGAUGUAUCCAAAAUCUGGUUUGUUAGUUCAAUGACAUUAAGAUACAAUUAUAAUGAGUUAUAAUUAUCAGACGUUAAUUAACCCAUUCAAUGUAAAAAAAAAAAAAAAAAACGGCUUGGCUUUGCUACUAUAACUUGCUGAUAGCAUGCAAGAGAUAAGAAUGUGUUCAGUUUUCACUGAAACUGAACACAAUAACGUCUAGCAAAGAGACUAGGAGACGCAGAUCCUUACCGGUUACAGUUAGGCUAUAAUAUGCACGAAUCACAGCUGUGUUAGCCAGGCAGUCAGUAAUGAUAGAAGAGUGGGUUUGUUUAUAACUUUACAAUUUAUUUGAAGAAUAACGUUAGUUCACCUUGUGUGGGAAGGUAAGAAACGUUAGCCUAUUUAUUAAAAUAUCUUAGCCUUUUGUAGACAUGCUAGCACGCAAGCGAAAAACGGCCUCACUUGCAACGGAACAGGAGGCUGAUAAUCAGGCGAGUGGUAAGCAGUGUAUGGCCCAAUCAAAUGGGGGCGGUACUGAGCAAGAUAUAGUCCAACGUGAAUUUAAGAGUCAGUACUUUUCAUGUAAAAGUGAUAACCUCAAACUGGGAGAAGACUUUUUCAACCAGCCCUGUGUCUGCUUAGCCAAAGCCCUUCUCGGUAAGGUGCUGGUGAGGCGUUGUGCUGAUGGGCUGGAGCUCAGGGGGAGGGUGGUGGAGACUGAGGCUUACCUGGGGGGCGAAGACAAGGCCUCGCACUCAGCCUGCGGGAAGCGCACGGAGCGCAAGCUGGCCAUGUUCAUGAAGCCUGGCACCAUUUACGUCUACCCAAUCUACGGCAUCUACCUCUGCAUGAACAUCUCCAGCCAGGGGGAGGGUGCGGCUGUGCUGCUGCGAUCGCUGGAGCCCCUGCAGGGCCACGCUGUGAUGAGGCGACUCCGGGGGGCCCGCAGGAAAGAGAGCUCGCGGCCCCUGAAGGAAAAGGAGCUCUGCAACGGCCCCUCUAAGCUGUGCCAGGCCCUGGAUGUCCCCCGGGCCUUUGACCGCAGAGACCUGGCAGACGACCCAGACGUGUGGCUGGAGAGAGACCCUGAGGAGAGGCCGCUGCAGGAGGGGGAGAUGGUGACCUCCAGACGCGUCGGCAUCCAGUCCCACGGGGAGUGGGCAGCCAAGCCACUGCGCUUCUACCUGCGGGGGCACCCCUGUAAACUGGAGCCUCCAGCAGCCUAUGGGCAUCAGACGAGACCAGCGGACUCUGGGCAUCAGACGAGGCCAGUGAACUCUGGGCGUGAGCUGAGACCAGCGGACUCUGGGCGUGAGCUGAGACCAGCGGACUCUGGGCAUCAGACGAGGCCAGUGAACUCUGGGCGUGAGCUGAGACCAGCGGACUCUGGGCGUGAGCUGAGACCAGCGGACUCUGGGCGUGAGCUGAGACCAGCGGACUCUGGGCAUCAGACGAGGCCAGUGAACUCUGGGCGUGAGCUGAGACCAGCGGACUCUGGGCGUGAGCUGAGACCAGCGGACUCUGGGCGUGAGCUGAGACCAGCGGACUCUGGGCGUGAGCUGAGACCAGCGGACUCUGGGCGUGAGCUGAGACCAGCGGACUCUGGGCGUGAGCUGAGACCAGCGGACUCUGGGCGUGAGCUGAGACCAGCGGACUCUGGGCGUGAGCUGAGACCAGUGGUUCUGACCAGACCAGUGACUCCUGAGCUGUUUUCAGCUGGUCUAAUUGGAGAGGAGAGCUGGGAGUGUUCUUUGUUUGCUGAAAAAAAAAAAUAUCAGACAUUAGAAUGUGUGUGUGUGUGUGUGUGUUUUCCUUGUGAAAAUAAGAUGUUCUUCUAAGUCUCCAAUAAAAAAUUAAGUACAA